AUGCCAUUUACCCCGGAAGAAUUCACUACAGACAGCCCUUGCCUAUUAACAGCACAAGACACUGAAAAUGUGUGGCGACCGCUGUAUCGGCAGGCCUGCGCCUUCAAGGGCGAUGCCUUUAUUGAGUGUAUGAUGAAUAUGAUUCGGAAUCCCAAUUUGAAUUCAUCAUGGCUGUUUAGAGCAGAUAUAUUAUACGACUCAGACCCCACUUCAGAGGAGAAUCCGGAUGAUAUCUCAGCUCAUAUAAACCAACUUACAGUCCAUCAACCACAGUCAUGCCCGAUAGUUGGCUUCACCCCAUCAAGGCGCCUUGUAAGACGGCUGAUACCCCGGAAUGACAGACGUGACAAACCUAUGGAACAAACCUGCGAGAUACACAAAGCUGUUUCGGAUGAUGGCACAAAGAAGCAGACUUUGAUUGUGUAUCUGCCCCAUAUUCAAACGCCAGAAGAAAUACCGUUCUAUCACCCAAAAGUACGGGGCAUUGCCCAUUUGCACGAGUGGGAUUCUGAAACAGACUCUGGACACAUUUCCAUUCAUUUCAUGGGAUAUCCAUCUCUCGAUGUUUACGAAAAGAAGACGCAAAAGAUUGCAUUUCAUUUACUGGAACUGUUGGAGAAGCACGGCCGCAGCAGAGUGACCGGCGGCUACGUCAAACGCGUGCAUCACGAUUUGAUUGUGCCACAGGGAAGAUUUCAAAAUCGGUAUUCCGCCUUGAAGAACAAAUAUGCACGUUCUCUCAUUGUGGAUUGGGCAGAACAAACGGACCCUGACAAGCACGUCUUUGAGGACCUCGGCAUAGCAUCCUUCUUGAUGGAACUAUGGGCUGACUUGUACAAAGACGUCGAAUUCCCCGGCUUUGUGGAUAUCGGAUGUGGUAAUGGAUUACUAGUGUAUAUACUUCAACAAGAAGGUUACAAGGGCUGGGGAUUUGACGCCCGCAGACGCAAGUCUUGGGUUCAAUACACCGGCAAAUCUGACGAGUCACCCACAGGAGCCUCACUGGAGGAGCUUUUCCUGCUACCUGACUUAACAGUGCAAGGAGAUGAAGCUGAUGGAAUUGAUACAGCGAGGAUUCACAACGGUGUCUUCCCCAAGGAUACUUUCAUUAUCUCCAACCACGCCGACGAACUCACACCAUGGACACCCAUUCUUGCUGCAGCCUCUCAGUGCCCAUUCAUCAUGAUCCCGUGCUGCAGUCACAACUUGACAGGCGACAAGUAUCGUGCACCACCGCCACGAGAUAAGACGAAAGGAAAAUCGACAUACGCCUCUCUAGUCGACUGGGUCACAAGGAUUGGCGAAGAUUGCGGAUGGGAGGUUGAGACGGAAAUGUUACGAAUUCCGAGCACGAGGAAUACAAGUCUUCUUGGACGACGAAGGACGAACAAAGAAGAAGACUUUAAUUUGGAGAAUAUCGUUGCAAAAUAUGGAGGCACACAGGGCUUUGCCAAAAACGUGGCCAAGCUUGCGAGCGUUAUUCCUCGAGGCCACUAG